AAUUUUAUCAUUAAGAACUUUUCAACGGGUUUUUUACAAAAAUCUCACACUCAAAAUCGGACUUUAUCAUCACCAAAUUUUCAAACUCUUUUCAGACAUUCACAUGAAUCAGGCGCUCUACCUCUCGAAUCUCUCCGUCCCGCGCAUUAUUGAUGCCGCACAAAAGGCGAAACUAUUUUGUAGCUACGAAAUGGGUAAUCGCACACUCAAUUCAGUUAAGUGGUACAAGGAUGGGCAAGAAUUUUUCAGAUAUUCACCGCUGACUCCGCCAACUACAAAUUGGUUUCCCGUCAAAGGUGUCACCAUCGCUGAUGGCUCAUCGCACUGCAAUCAAUUCAUCUGUAAUGUAGAACUGGAGAAACUGAAUGUCCAUUCGUCCGGUUCGUAUCGUUGCGAGGUAUCCGGUGAUGCGCCCGAAUUCAAAUUGAUCGAUAAAACGGCCAAUAUGACAGUGGGUGUUUUACCCAAAUUCGAUCCGUUCAUCAGCGGAAUUGUGCAUCCGUACCGAUAUGGGGAUUUUCUCGCAGUUAACUGCAGUUCAGAGUGGUCAAAUCCCGCAGCAACGCUUACAUGGUAUAUCAACAAUAAAACGGCACCCUUAAAUAGUCUGCAACCGCAAGUCAAUGAAAUCACCCGCAACACAGACGGUUUCAUGCUGUACGCCAGCUCAUUGCAGCUACGCAUACACAUCGACGAUCCACGUUUCAUAUCGAAAAGCGAAAUUCUGGAAUUGAGGUGCGUGGCAGAUAUAAUGGACAUAUCGAGCGUGCGGCGUGAAAGCAAGGUGCGUGCCACCAUCUUGGCACUACGCGAUGCAGGACACAAGCAACGCCUCUUGGGACAGGGCAACGAUGUGGAUGCGACGAGUGGACACUUUCGGUGCGGGCGGCGAGAAUUUUUGCAUCUCUACAUUUUCUGGCUAUGUUUUCUAUUGUUUGCGCAAUGGCCACUACAGCUGCACACCUGCGAUUGGAGUUAGCCACAUGCAAAGGAGAUCCGCAAACCGUGAUCGAGCAUAAUUGUAACUUAGUAAAUCAAUGGCUUUUUAAAAACUAAACAUUUGGGAAUAAAAUGCAAAAGCAUAACUAUGCAUACAAACAUACAUAUUCACACAUCAUUUAAAUUGCAUUGCCACAAAAAUGCUCAUACAUAGAAACUGAAUACUGAGGAGAAUAUGGAAACGAAAUACUCGCACAGAAUUUAGAUACACUAAGGCUUCCCGGCACCAAAAUAAAUGCAUGAAAAUAGCUACUUCUCACACACACACACAUAUUCACGAAAUAAGAGAAUCACUAUAAAUGUUGACUGAAAAAUAGGAAACUUUAAAAUAGAAAACA